AUGGCCUUCUCGCCCCUCUGGCGCCGUCAGGGGAUGCGAGGCCUGAGGGUCUCCUCGCGAUCCUCCGUCUCGUCUCCUUCUUCCUCUUCCUCUCCCUCUUCUGCCUCGUCUUCUCCUGUGUCUUCCAGAUCUGAUCUUCAGAUGUCCGACUCUUCCUCGUCUUCUCUGUUCUUGUCUGUCUCUUCUUCGACUUCUUCUGCGCGCCUACCUUGUUCUCUUACGCGUCCGUCCUCCGGCGCGGCUGUGUCUCAUCUUCUUUGUGGUUCGCGCCGCGCUGCCGACUUUGUCUCUCCACAGACAGGGUGCGUUUUUUCGCGGGCCGUUUCGCGUGUCUCUGCAGGCGUCCCCCGGCAGAGGGCUCUGUCUCUGAAGAAAGGAGACACUCUGCCGCAGAGGCCUCCUUCUCACUCCGACUGGGAGCGAGGAAGGCAGAUGUCUGCUUUUCUCCGGCGCUUUCUCCGGAAGGCUCUUGCGUCUCCUCGAGUGCAUCCGUCCUUCAUCUGCUCAGGCGCCUUUUGCUCUGCAGACACGCACCCUCCAUCGCUCUCGCUAGGAAGAGAAGAAAGCGCCUGCCCUUCUGGGGUCUCUUGCUCCCGGAUUUCUGCAUGUUCCUUCUCGACAGCGCAUGCAGCUUCGUCACCUCUUUUUCCGGAAAAGUUCCUCAGUGAGAGCGGCCAUCCCUCUUCGCGUCGCGCGCCUCCUUCAGAGCCAUCCCCAGAAGCGUCUCCUUUCUCUUCUCCCUCCUCAGCUUCACCUCCCUCGGCUUCUUCCUGUCCGCCGCCUCCAUCUUCUGUCGCCUCUUCUUCACCCUCUGUCUCGGACCUGGAGACUGUCUCUUCUGUCUCUGUCUGCGAGGCGCGACCCUCGUUCUUCGCGUUCGGCGCUUCCCAGGAGGCCCAACUCCGGACAGUACUGCCGCUUCUCGAGACCUCGACAGAUCCGAGAUUCUUGACAAAUUUGCUUCUUUCUCUGCAUGCGCUGCCCGACAUUUGGCCUCACGUCCUCGUGUCUCCUUCCCUCAGAUCUUGUCGCCUUGUCUUCCCCGUCCAUUCAGCUCCUUCUGUCUCUUCUUCCGUCUCGUCUUCCGUGGCGUCUCCUCUCGCUUCUGCCGUCUCCAACCAGAGUCCGCAGGCAGUCCCUCGGCUUCCCUCUGAGGACCUUUACUCGAGCUACCUCGCACAGUUCAAGAUAAACGAAACGCACGUCGACGGCUUGCUCAGGGCCGCCGCGCCUGCGUCUCUGGAUCUCCUGCUCCUGCUCUCACUGGUGCCCCAUGUCGGUUUGGCGCAGCUGCCCAGCUCCGAAUAUAAGCCGCAAGGCGUCUCCGCAGCUUCUGCCGAGGCGAGCGCAGACGGCGUGCGCCCGGCCAAAGAAUCCCCGGCGGUGGGCCAAAACGGCCAAGAGACGCUAAGACAAGUGGAUAUCGGUGGGAAUCUGAAAAUUGAUCUUCGCGAGGCUCUGCCUCUCCUCCUUGCAGCCUAUCACCCUCAGCGUCCUGGAGCAGAUCGGGACCUGACUUCGCUUCUCGUGCUCCACUUCACGGAAGCGUCUCUCCUUCUCCUUUCCCCUUCGCCGUCUGCUCCUUCUUCCCUUUCUGCGCCUUCAUCUUCUCUUCCGUCUUCGCUUCCUUCUUCGCUUCCUUCUUCGCUUUCUUCUUCGCUUUCUUCUCUUUCGUCUGUUACUUCACCCUCGCAACGCUCGAUGCGGCACCAGCCCCAGGCGUUUCCUCGGGUGCCUUCUGCACCUGCAACCUCGCCGGCCGUUCGCCCAGAGCUGGCUCUCUGGCUGCAGCAUACCGUCCUCUCUCUCACUCCUCAAACUCUCCGCUUCGUUCCCCAGCUCCCCAUUCGCCUCGCCGCUGCUUUGCAUGCAGCAAACGUCCGUCUGCCUCUUCUUCCAUCUCCUUCGCCUCUCCAUGUUUCCUCUUCUUCUCCUUCUUCUUCGUCACAUUCAUCUCCUGCUGCCCCGCUUCAUGCGUCUUCUGCUUCGGCGUCUGCUGCGUUGUCUCCUUCUUUUCAAGCGUCUUCAGCUUCCUCGCAGAACGCCGGCUCGGUCUCUGCGGUUCCGAGGCACGCGCCGAUAAGUCGAGGGUGGAAAUUCGGGAAGCCGCGAGAAGAAAUUUCUUCGCCUGCAGGCGUCGCACAGUGGGAGGUUGUCGACCAGGUCGGCGCCGUCGUAUUGCUCAACCAGCUCGACGUGAUCGAGAAGCUGCUCUGGAAAAUUAACUGGUCGAAGCUCUCCGUCAGUGCGGCCUGUCGCUUCUUCCGGGAGUCCUUCGAUUCUCGACAUCUGGUGCUGAGCGGCCUCGCCAUGCAGAAGGCGUUUGCGUCGCUUUCCUCCCGCUUUGGCCUGCUCCAAGUUCCCGAUGUCUUCCACCUGCUCGCUGGCAUUCAGCAUCUCCAGCGCGUAUCGCCUCAGGAGCAGCGCGAGAUCGUCUGCAGCAGCGCCGCGUGUCUGGCGCUCCUGUGGCCGCAUGCUCGCCGCUUUCUGCCUCUGUUCUCCGUCGACGAACUCGCCUUUGCAUGCGAAGUCUUUGCUCAUGAAGUCUUCAUCGCCGCGGUCGCUGCCAGUGGCGCGCACCGCCUGAAGACGCUCAGCUUCCGCCGCCUCGCGGUGGAGUGUCGCAGGCAGGAAGCCUGUGCCGCCUUCUUUGAUCAGAACGGAGAUGCGUGGAGGGAGCUCCUGGAUGCUCUCAUCGCACGCAGGGAAGCCUGGUCUCUCCAGACGUGGAUUCGGUUCCUCAAGAUGCUGGAACCGCUGGUGUCUCUCCACCAGCUGCGGAACGAGGCGCUGUGUGCGCCUUUUUCGCGAACGCUGGCGCCGCCUUCGUCCCUGGUCGCUCUCGUGCACCGCCUCCUUCGGCUCUCCUUCGGCUCACCCGAUUUCGGAGACAGACUGCUUCCAUCUUCUCGCGUCCCUUUCGACAACGCAGGAGCCGCACCCCAGUCCGGAGUCCGGAACGCGUUCCCCGAUGUAUGCGAGGAGAACUUCGCCAUUUUCAAACGACACCUGGCCACCCUGUCUCUCCACGAAGUAGUUGAUUUUCUCGUCGGCCUUCGAACCUAUGGCUAUGUCAAUCGGCCUCUCCAGCGCCUGGCUCUCACGGAAGCUGUUCGUCGCGUAGAAGAGGAAAACUGGAGCCUGCGACCCGAGGACAUUUGCCGGCUGCUUGUUGCUUCCGAGGAGCUCGUACUCGGAAAUCCUCUGCAGCGCAUUCUUGAUGCGCAGAUCCGCCGUGUGCCAUUGGAGUCCGCAGACUUAGCUGCAUUGAUGGCUUUGGUGGUUGCCCUCGAACGCCAGCCGACGCUCGGCGUUGCAGCUCUCUUUGACUUGAGGAAGCACAUUGACAGUCGCGUGUCAGGUCUGACUGCCGCCGUUGGCGCGGCUGACGUCGCGUUUGCUGUCGAGGCGGAGUCUCCGAUGACGGCACCUCCGGCGUCUGCCUCGAAGCUUCCUCUGUCGCUUCUGCCCAUGCUCUUCGUCUACCUUUUCUCGCGGCCGAGUUCUCUCACUACUUCCUCGACGUUGUUGCCGCGCGCAGCCUCCGCGACGCCUCCGUCUGCGUCGUCCCCGAGCAGUACUACGUUUCUGUCGCCGCUUGCGUCCUCUCUCCGGACCUUGAUUCCUGAGCUGCUGUCUCCCUUCCUCUCCCCCAUCGAUCUGGCGAUGCUGCUCGCGCCGCUGUGCACGACGGAGGCUCCCACCGCCUGCUACGCCGCGUACUUCCCCACAGUUUCGUCUCUCCCCUCCGUCGUUCGCUUCGUCGACGCGCAGCCUGCGACCUCACCGCGUCCGACGGGGGCGGCUCACGCGCAACGCCUGCGCGAAACCGAAGGCUUCGCGUCCUCGUCUGCCGCCUCUCUCGGACUCGCCGAGGCCGCGAGUCAGCGCUUCUCCGGGAACGUCGCUCUCAUCAGGCGCCUGUGUCGCGCCGCGAGACAGGCAGUGCCGUACACGCCUCUCGCGCUCCUCCGAGUCGCCACUGGCCAUGCGGUGCUGCAUGCGCAAGCCAAUCAAAUGGUCGUCCUCGCGCGGGCCAAGACCUCCCAGUCCAGUGAACACAGCGAAAGCGGAGACCGGAGAGAGCCUGGCGAAAGCCUGGAGUGGACUCUGAAGGCCGGGACGCGAGGUGGCGGCGGCGGUCAGGCUCCAGAGGCGGCAGCAUGCGCUGACGGCAUUACCGCCGACCUGGCGCUCGGACACCUCCCCACCCUCCUGCGCAUGCUGAGACUGCUCGAAAUGGACUCCGACUCGCGCCAUCUUCAACGCCUUCUCAAUGUCCUUCUGGUGGCCGAUCUGUCUCUUCUCACCCCACAUCGCCUGCUCGACUUGAUGGAAGCCUUUGUGGCGGCGCGCACACGGCUCGGACCUGUCCUCCAGCGACUUCUCUCCUGGUUCGCCGACCGCGUUCUUCGCGAGUCUUCUCCGUCGCCGUGUCUCCUCGACUGCCUCCUCGCAGAAAUUGCCCUUUUCGCCGCCACCCUGGACUUUCCACACGCCGCGUUUCAGAACGCAGCCUUGGCGCGUCUCGGGGUGCUGCAGGCUUCUCUCCAGGCCUCCUGCCUGCGUCCUGCAGGGUCGCUGCAUGCAGCGUCACACCGAGAAACUGCGCGCGGGGAUGCCUCAGCUUGGCGAGGAGACGCCUGCGCAGAAGCACCCGACUCCGUCCGCCUGGAAAUCAUUCCCUCGGAGGCGCUUCGUGUGCAGAUUCGCAUUCUCCUCGGCCUCGCCCCCACGACGCCGGUGACCCAGCGCCUCGUGGACCACUUUCGAUUCUGCGUUGGCCUCGUAGCAGACCGUGUAGAGCGCGCGCGGCAGCAGAAAGAAGAAGUUCCCGUUCGCGACGAGGAGCUGGUCAGUUUGUACGAAAUCUACCUCUGUCUCCUUCUCAGAGGCCCAUCGCUCCUGCAUCUGCAAGAGAGCGAUCCGGGAGACAGCCGACUGAUCCACUUCCUCCUCAAAGACUUGCCCAGACUGAAGUGGCUGGAACGCGAGAGAUCCCGUUCGGCGAGCUUCCGUUUAACUGAAGAGAGUCGGCAGCUGAGCGCAGCUCUGCGGCGUCGUGGCUUAGAUGCAAUGAAGCCUGUGAUCACCGGAAUUUGCUUUUGUCACUUUGCCUCUGUUUCGACUUCUCGGGACGCUGCGUCGCGAGGGCCGACCGGCGUUGCGCUGCUGUGUGUGCCGGAGGAAGAGACGAUGGCGUCCUGGACGGUCGAGGAAGGCGCGCCUGACGAGUCUCUGCUCGACAGCGGCGACGGCGGCCGGCUGGUCACGCGAAAGGAAGAAGACCCGUUCUCCCCGAAUCAGCGUUCGAGAGAAGCAGACGAAACGCGAAACGCAAGCUGGCUAGAAGGCGUCUCUGGAAAUGUCACUCCUCUCGUUCCUUUCGGAGAAAGUCGGAGACGCAUUGCACAUCUGAAGAAAGCCGGAUGGGUCGUCCUUCCUCUCUUCGUCACACAGUGGCGCCAGCUGAGAACGGACUCGGAGAGAGACGAGUUUCUUCGAAGUCUCACAAAUCUCUCGUAGGGGCGUUGUCUUCGGAGCUGCAUGCGCCGAUGAGCCGUGGAGAC